AUGGAAACAUCUGGACAGUCGUCUUCACGACAAGCAAAAUCAGCUGCUUUGUCUCGCUUCACCAAAACUAGCUGCAAGACGUUCCAAGAUGAAUUCGAAGCUCUGAAAGACAAGAAUGAUCACAUCUUGUGUACUCGAUAUCCACGACAAACUCUCGAGAUGCUUCUCAAGAAGCCAGAUAUGAAGAAAGUGGUCCACAUGUACAGAAAACAAAUGUUCGAUGAGCAAUGCCGAAAAGCGGGAAAAGACCCAAAGCAAUGUGGGUCACCACCAGUGGAGAACACCCCGGCAGUAAAGGCGUUUUGCAAGAAAACCAACGACUUUGAUUUUGCUUCUCUCUCAAGUUAUGCUGCUGAGAUUGUGAACAUUGAGAAUCUCCUUACCGAGCUUCUUGAAAAAAUGGAGCACAAUGAGAAGGAUCAUGAAUUGUCUAAAACGAACGCCCAGGAAAUCAUCAAAAUUAAUAGCGAAUGGGAAAAACUAAUGGUCAGACGUCGUGACUUGAUUCAGGCGGCUAUCGAUGAGGCUCAUCGCGAGUGUGAUGAGAUUUUGGCUAGCAUUCCAACCGAGUUGCCAGACUCCACUAACAACUCAAAUCAGUUUUACAUCAACCAAGCACUUGAGCUCAAACGGACUGCUUUCAAUGCUCAUGCUGACGAAUUGAUUGAGAUGCGCAUGAAACUGGUCGAGUCUUAUCCGGAUACGGAGGGUGAGGGCGCCAGCAAACCAAUGCAAGACGCCACAAUCAAACUUCGGAAGAUUUCCUCGGGCGAGGCACCAUUCUCCAAAAUGAUCAAAGCACUGGAUUUCUAUCAGCCAAUUGUGGCAAAAAAGAAGCUAGACGCUGACACAAAGCUUACUCAAGAGGCUGGAAAUCGGUUGAUGGAAGACGUCGCUUCUCUCUGCUCCAACGAGAUCGACUAUCAUGAGCAUCUACGGGAACUUGCUCGACGUGUCUGUGAAAUGCACUUCUUCAAGCAAAUCGAGGUUCAGAAGGUUCACGCGUUCCUUGAUCAAACCCGUAAGAAGAACGACACGCUCAUCAAAUGCUCGGACCAUCUGGAAUUGCUCGAGAAACAGUUGGAAAAGUUCAUCUACGAAUUUGAGGACAACAAGAAAUCCGACUUCGAUGAAGUUCUGGAGGUUGAGAAGACCGAGGAAAUGAAGGAGCACGAGUUGCGUCGUAUGGAAAUGAUUCGUAAUCACAGAAUUUGUUUUGCUCAACCAUUCCUCCAACCAAUGUAUUGUAAGAACGGAAGAAGACUUGUCUAA